AUCCGAGGACAAGUUGCGGCGUCCCUUCUGCGGUCAACCCCCAUCACAUGGCAUUAAUCGCCAUCGUGUCGAGGGUCGUCAUCGCCACCGCCACCGCCGCCAGUGAAGUCGAAACCAGUGUCUCACGAGCACACAAACAACACUGGUUCGGCUGCUGCACCGCGUUCGUCGCGACCGUCGUGUAUUAAUAUAAUAUCUCGUUAAAAUCGUCAACGACUAAUAAAGUGUUUUCGAGCCUCGUCGUUCGUUGUAAGCUUGUUUUCUUAUUCUUGUUAAUAUAAAUCAUACAGUCACAUUAUUUACAUCACAUAUGAUACAUAAACAAUACAAUUUUAAUUAUUAUUAUUUGAAUAAUACCUAUCAUUCGCGUUAUUGAAUUCGUGACGAAAUAACAUCACACUAUCACAGGUACGACGUAUAGUGUGUAUACCUGGCGACUGGCAGUGAUCCGAUGGUGCCCGUCGUCGUGUCGGCCGUCGCGCUCAGUCGCCUGCAACAGCAUCAACAGCGAUGAACACGGGUGUCCGCCGGUGUCCACCGAAUGGAUGACGUCGUUUUGGGUGCGGACGCAGAAUUCGGUUUUGGGUAUAACGAAGCGAUGAUGACUUGACGCCAGAAAACGUCUACGGAAGACGCCGAUCUGUUGCAGUCCGCACAAUUGGACCCGGCCGCCGUUCCCACAGGGGAGGAAACGGUAUGGCCGGGGGUUGAGUGGGCGUCAGUGAGGGGCUCGAUGGAUUGGUGCGCAGGUGGCGAAGAUUUGCUGGGCGACCCGACGCUGCUGGUGGCUGCGGGAAUGCUACACGGGCCAACGCAAUUCUGCACAGACACUUGCUGUACGCCCGGACUGGAGCAGCCCAACGAGCAAGCAGUUCAGUUCCAGCAGCCAGCGAUUGUUACAGUUGGUGGUUCAUACAGCAAACCGUGUGGAGACAUGGCCGACGUAUUAAUGUCUCUCAAACACACCGUACCAACACCACAAUCCUCAGUUGACGAACAACAUCAACAGCACGAUCAGGCGUAUGGGCUGUCCACCAAUCACAAUGACGAUUCGCAACCACUGAUCGACUAUGGUUCGUCAUACGGCGAUCAGACGUGCUGGACCACGCUCGGAGGCGGCCACCAGCAGCAACAGGUCCAACAGCAUCAAUUCCCCAGCAUGAGUGUGAACGUCAGCAUGAACAUGACCAUGCACGGGUACGCUCCGAUACACGGAGACGCUCAGUUCGGGUGUCAACCGGUCGGGUGGACUCUUCCAGCAUCACCAUCACCGGUACAUCAUCUCCACCACCACCAUCACGGCCCGGUGCACCACCACCAAGGCCUGUUGAGUCCAUUGGUGGCUAUGGGCAACGGUGGUUACCCGUCGGCAGCCACGUAUUCGUUCACGGCCGACUUCCGGCCACAGGACCCGAUAGCGUCCCAACUACCACCCCCACCGUUUGCGUGCAACAUACAACCGGCUGUUCCAGCGCAGUCGUCGUCCUCGUCUGCGGCAAUGAUCGACGACGAUUGCAAGGACCUGAAACCAUGCGCCGAAAUCCUUAUGUCGGUGAGUGGCUGCGGUAUGGGCGGCGCCGAAUGUUCUCCUGUCGGGUCGGCGACCAUCGGUGAGGAUGGCUGCCGGCCUAACAUGUGCCGGAUAUGUGGCAAGACGUACGCCCGUCCCAGCACGCUCAAAACCCACCUGCGCACGCACUCGGGUGAAAAACCGUACCGGUGCGACGAUUGCAACAAAUCGUUCAGCCAGGCGGCCAACCUGACGGCGCACGUACGCACCCACUCUGGCGAAAAGCCGUUCCGGUGUCAGAUAUGUGACCGGCGGUUCUCGCAGUCGUCGUCCGUCACGACCCACAUGCGCACCCACUCGGGCGAGCGGCCGUACAGGUGCCGGUUGUGCAAGAAAGCAUUCAGCGACUCGUCCACGCUUACCAAACACCUGAGGAUACACUCGGGCGAGAAGCCGUACCAGUGCAAGCUGUGCCUACUCCGGUUCUCCCAGUCUGGAAACUUAAACAGGCACAUGCGCGUCCACAGCGGUAUGAACGGCGCUGACAUCUUAUUGCCUGUAUGACGGUGGCGGACAGUCAGUACCACCACCGCUACAACCUCAACCAGUCACCAUAGUCAUCACCUCCACCACCAUCACCAUCGCUACGUCGACUGUUGUUGGUAAGGAAAACCUCCCCGAACAAAAAGAAAAUAAACUCGAUUGCAAAAUCACAAGACCAACUUCAAACGAUACACAGAGCGUAGUAUAAACCGACUCCUCCACCCGGGGUCGGUUCGAUUCGUAUCUUUCGCCUAAGUCAUCUAUAGAUAUGCGUACGGUUUAUUCUACAUAAUAUAGUGUAUAGGUAGUAAGUACCGCUAUCACAGUUAUGUAUAACUAUUAAUAUAAACUAUAACAUCAUCACGCACACAUGUCAUUGUCAUGUAUACAUAAUUUACUUGCUCGGAGUCCAUGAUUUUAAUCGCCUAUAUUAUACACGAUAUUAUGUUUUCGGUUAGAAUAACCACCUAUAGGUAUUUUGUUUGCGAAAACCGAUAAUGGUCGUGAACGGUGGCGAUGAUUUAUAAGUAUACCUAUAGCUAAACCGACAAUGGCGCAAAUAUAGGUACCUACUUCGUUUUUGUUCGUGCGUUAAUAGUACAUGAUAGUCCCUGAGAAAUAUUCAAAUUUAACACCAAUUCCCGUUGUUUUUUGUUAAUCACGAAUUCGUACUAUCAUUAGUUCAAUUUAUUUUUUAGACGUUCUUGUUUUUCCCCGAUGACCGAUGAUCUACGCGCCUUGCAGUAAACAGUGUGUUAGAUAGUCUUCGAUUUUUUUUUUCUUUUUACAUAGUUUUCGUUCUUUGUAUGCGAAUGCUACAACUGAUUUUUAGCACAAUA